UUCUAUUCACUGUCAGCUCCAUGUAUAGAGUGCUGAGAAUGUGCUUUUAUCUCGUAAUCUCGUAGACGUAACGUACAUUGCAUAGAAACUCGUUGCCAUGUACAGCUGGUUGACUUGUAAGUUAUAACUUUCAUACUCACGCCAAGUUGACGAAUUUCAUCUGAAUUAAUGGACAAUAACUCUUCUUUCAUGACCUUUUCGAGGUAAAUCAAUCUGUUUCCCAGUCCAAUUUUGCAUAAAUACUACUCGAUUUCUUUGAAUUGGAGAAACAUUUUAGGGUUUUGAAAAAUAUGGUGAAAGCUAGCAGAAAGCUCCCUUCUUCCAUUGAGUUCUUCAAAGUUUUCCUCUCCAGUUCCAGCUCCUGCAAACUGGUACCAGAAUUGGACAAAGAGAUCAUUUGAUUUUUGCGACUUUAGCCCUUAAUGAACCUUCGGAUUUUGGAGGAGAAAACUCCACCCCUGAUUUCACGGUGAAAAAAUUAUCCUUCUUUUUCCUGUCUGUUGUAUUUUUUAUUUAUUUAUUUUUUUUGGAGGUGUGUGUGUUCAUAGGGGAAGGGUGAUUGUGGUUCUACAAGGAAUAUUUAGUUUUAGCUCUUGGGAAAAGGGUGGUGUAACCCUAUUUUGUGAUUGAUUGUUAGUUUAGUUAUUUCAAGAAUCCAUCAUAUGUCCUCUACCUUAGUUUAGCCUUUCCUAGAAAUAGGGGGGGUUGAAUAAUUUUUCAUUAUAGAAAUAUGGAUUCUGGUGGGGUCUUGUCACGUGGGUUUAUUACUUAGGAGAUUGAUGAUUUGUUAGAUUUGUCAUAACUCAAUGGAACUGAGCUUCAAGUCCAUGACAUUGAAAUUAGUUUGGGCUUUAUGUAUAAUUUGGAUAUUGGUUUUACUUGUGUAGUACUCUAUGUUGACAAAGUUUUUUGCUUCAGUAUAAUUUGAAUUAAAGAUUUUGUUGCUUUAUUAUUCAAUCCUUAUAUAUUUCAAGUAUUUCAAUGUUUCAGAGCUUACCUCCAGCUUUUGUUAUGCGAGUGAAUCAAACUAUAUCCCAAAAUGCUACUCUUAAAGAUUAUACUGGAAAGAUUUGGGAUGUCCAUUUACAAAAGACUGAAACAGGAUUGAUUAUUGGAAAAGGUUGGCAAGAAUUUGUACAUCAUCACUCUUUAGUUGAUGCAGACUUCCUUCUUUUCAAGUACAAUGGGAAUUCUGAAUUUUAUGUCAAAGUAUUUGGUAGAAAUGGAUUGAAAAAGAGAAAACCUAAGGAUAAUAAAGUGUUUAGCACUCAUGUGAAGGAGGAAACAGAAACAGAAAUAGAAGAAGAGAAAAAUAGAACUCAGUCUACUAGUGAUUGCAAGCGGAAGUUUUCAGAAAUGGCAGCUGAAAGAACUCGAAGAUCAGUCAGGCGAUCUGGAGGAAGUGUUUCCAAAUGGAGACGAGCUACAUGUUCAUCUGGAGGAAAUCAAUUCAAAUCGAGACAUUCUACUGUAACAAAAUAUCCAGAUCAAGAAUGCAAAAUGGAUAAAGCACCGGCCUUUGUUAAACCAAAAAAUCCAUACUUUGUGGUACUUAUGACUCGAACCGCAUUAUAUCAAGUGUAUGUUCACAGGUUAGUUUUGAAAGUACACAAAAUUAAACUGCAGGAAAAUACAAAUCUUCGUGAUGAGAGGGGGAAGUUAUGGCCUGUGAAAGUCAAUUACAAGAAGGAUGGCCGAAUCACAAUUAAUGACGGAUGGCUUGAUUUUCACAGGAAGCACAAUGUGGCAAUGGGGGACAAGAUAAUUUUUGAGUUGAUGCCCACAGAAAAUAACUUAUGCAAUCUAAUACAGGUGGUAAUUGAUAAAAAGCAGGUGACUCCCAGACCAAGAAGGCAUCAGAGCUGGUCCGACGUUGAUCAUCAGUAAGGAUGGCAAAAGACUCGUAUUCUUUUGCCUGGGAAGUGUGAUUUUGGUCUUGUUACGGGCUCCUUUCUGUAUCUUUGAAGCUACAGUGAAUAGAAGUUCAUUUUCAGACGUUUGACUUAUUUUCUCCUGGUCAAGUUUUGAUCAUAUUUACCCGUCUUGAUGUUUUUGAUGAAGUUUAUAAUCCUAUCUUAUGUAAGCUCCCUUUGUUUGAAUUUGAAUGUAACUUAUUUAUAUCAUCAGGGCACGUUCUAUAUUGGGAAGAACAGCUUCUUUGUUGAACUGGUGUUUCAAGAAUAAUCUUUAAUUACUAAGGAAAUUACUAGAAUUC